CCCUGCUGUGUCACUUGGCGGCGCCACCACCCGAGACCUCCCCACGUAACGCCGAAACCUUAUCCAGACAUCUCAAGUAACCAUCUUGCCGUACACUGCAGUUACCUACCACCUUGCUUAUCCGCGAUCCCGCGAUCCCGCGAUCCAUAACUUUAAUUUUAUCAGAGGUCAUCCACAUUUUGGUCCACGAUGACCAUGACGGACGAGCCAAACUGCGCCAACUGGCAGGACCCGGGCGCCUUCGACUUUGAGCGAUUGCUUGAUUUUGGCGUCAAGGGCACCGAACCCAUGACCAACAAACCCCCCAAGCCGCUGGCAUGCUUGCGAUGCCAUGGCCAGAAGCUGCGAUGUGUGCGACGCACCAGCGAUGCACCCGUCUGCGAUCGGUGCUCCUCUGCCAACGUUGAGUGCGUUAGUCGCCAACCGCAGCGCAUGGGUAGACCUGCCGACACCACCACCAAUGGUCGCCAUGGCGCGCACGGCGCAGGUCGCACCGGUUGGAGAUUGAGGUCUCACGCCGAGUCCCAUUCUGGGGCCACCGCCACGCCUUCGCCAACUUCGAAUGGUGGUACGAAACGGCGCAGGAAAAGCCCAGGCGAUCCAUCCGCCAGUUCAUCGCCAACAGACAUGGCCAUCACCUACGACAGUGCCACAACCCAGUUCGAGCUCGACGGAUGGAUGUGGCCCACCGGCCCUUCUCUUUCCGACGCGGCGCCUCCCGCUCUCACAGCCGGCAGCACGGCACAUUCCAGCAGCGGUUCCUCUUCCUCCGGCUUAGCGCAGCCGAGUACCGGUUUUACCUCAUAUGCAGGCUCGCUUGGAAGCUUUGGGAGUCCGAAUGCGCUCCUCCCGAGCCUUGACGACCUAUCAAAUCUGUUCCCUGCCAGCAUUGACGCCCCUUGCUUCGAGCCGCAGCGGACUCCGGACACGAGCGAUGGGGCCAGUGACGGCCAGCUCUCGCCCAGCGACCCGGUUGAGCAUUUAUCAAGGCUGCAUCUCGAGCUCUACCAUUGUCUCGUCGCCGUCAAGGCUGUCGAGAAGAUGAAGAGAGACCGGCUACGGUAUGAACCACCCACAAAGCCCGGCGGGGACAUCGACACGAGCUGGUCUGAGAAUUUGUUUCGCACUACGGAACGUUUUAUCGACGCUCUUAAAGACUACGUUGGCCCCUCCGGAUCGGACCCUUGCGCACACUCGUCCUCGGGCCCGGCCCCCACCACCGUGGACGACACUACCCAGAGCGGGUGGGAGGACACGGACCCAAGCAAUCCCGGGCCGCAGGUCGACACCGCGACUGGCCUCAUGAUCGUGAGCUGCUACACGCGACUUGUGCAGAUCUUCGACGUCGUGGUCUUCGUCGUUGAGACUUUUCAGGACAUGGAUUGCCCGGGCAGCUACGUGCAGGUCCGGUUCGGCGACUUCACUCCUACCGUCAACAAGAGGUUCCAGGCCCGGGCGCUAGGGCAGUAUGUGCUGCACCUGCUGGAGGGCAUAUCCGAGGGUGUGGACAGGGCUGUGGCGUCGCGACAGCCAUAUGCACGAGCAGUUGCCGAGGUCCGAAGAAACGAGGGCAAACUGAAGGAGCGUAUCUUGACCACGUUACAUUGAGGGCCGUGGCAUAUCCCCGGGCGCCUCGAGGGCCAACAUUUCCUUUCGUCUGCAAGAAGGAGCAACAAACAUGAUGCAGUAAGACGGCACAAACAGGGGCCGACAUGGGAGGGGCUUUUCUUUCAUGUAUCUAUCUAUGUCCGGAGAAGGGCCCGGAGGAGGCGGAGAAAAGCGGAGGAAACAUCUUGACAACAGCCGUUUAGUGAGCAAUCUAUCCCAAAGCAGCUUAGAUCUGCAACUCCGA